AUAAAUAAUAAUUUGUUUAAAUCUUUUAUAUUAUUAAUGGAAAAAGAUGAAUCAUUAUCAUUAAUAUUUCAUAAUAUAAAAUUUUCAGAAUGGUCAGAAUUUGGUCAAAUAUGGGUAAUUAAUUUAUUAAUAUUAGUUUAUAUGGCAAAAAGGAAAGCCAGUAUUCGAUGGUUUAAAAUAGAUAAUAAAUAUGCAUAUUUUGAAAAUUUAAUUAUUGAUAGGAUGGAGAAUGAAAAUGAGUACCAUCAUAUAGAUAAUGGAUUAACCAUUGAUAGAUACUUAGAUAUUUUUACAGUAUUUUUAAAAUUUGAUGAAUCAAAAAAUUUUUUCGAAAAUUUAGAAUAUUUGGAAUGUGGUCAAUUAAAUAAUAAUCAUCCUUCAUUAGAUUCUUUAUCAAAAAUAUGUAGAAAAUUAAAAACCGUUCGUAUUGAAGGAGAUUUUCGUUCUAUUUAUAUACCACUUGUAUCAUUAAUCAAAUAUCAAAAAAAUCUUGAAAUUUUACAAAUUAUUGGCGUUAAAAAUAAUUCUGGAAUGUGGUUUUAUGAAAAAAAUAUAUUUGAAAUAUUUUCAUCAUUGGAAUCUAUAUCUCAUUCUCUUAAAAGAUUUGAGAUAAGUGGAAUAGAAAUGAUGACAGAUGAAACAUUCGAAUUUCUCGGUAAAUGUAAAAAUUUGGAAAUUUUACGUUUAGAAGAUUCAAAUAUUUCACAUAAAAAUUUUGAUUGGAUCUCUAAAGCUGAAUUACCAAAAUUAUAUUCGUUGGAAUUAAUAUCUAAUUGUGAUGGUGUGGAUUUUAUGAGACAAAUUAAUCCAAUUCAAGGAAUUUUAAGAAACAAAAUAAUUUCUUCAAAUUUAAAAAAACUUUACUUACGAAAUAAGUUUUUAAAAAAUUAUGAUCUUUUAGAAGCGAUCGGUGAAAAUUGUAGGAAUCUAGUGAAAUUUUCUACACAAUUAACAGCAAAUAAUGAUAUACCGAUUUUAUUCAUAAUUCUUGAAAAUAAUUCAAAUCUUAGAGAACUUUACUUAAAUAUUUAUCUGGAUAUGCAUACGGUUGAUAUUAGUACCGAAAUUAUUAUGGAUUUGGCAAAAUCUUUACCUGAAAGAAUUGAUACCGUACAACUUGAACUUUUGGUUAAUUGCGUUCAUUAUUGCAGAAUUUUUUUGGAAAAUUGUUCAGUAAAUUUGAAAUAUUUUUAUAUCAUUAUUUCGAUUGAUAAUGAUAUUUAUGAAUACAUGAAUUGUAUUAAAGGAUGGUCGAAAGAGAGAGGAAAAAGGAUAAUGGAAUCAAGUUAUUAUCCUAAUUAUAUGAAUUUUUGUAAUAAGAUUGACGUCGUAUGGGAUGAAAAUUUAUCAAUUAUCUAGAAAUAGGAAUUGUUAAAUGUGUUCUAUGGAUUCUGUUAGGUAUGAAUAUGGUUAGUACGUUGAUGUAAUGGAAGAUGAUAAAAUAAAAAUUAUCAUAUAUAAUCGUAAGCUUAAGAUAUGAGAAAGAUGAGGUCAAAAAUUAAGUAAAUUUAUGAAACAAGAGGAUAGGAAGAAAAUUGUCAAAAUUCAAAAGAGAGAGAGAGAGAGAAAUUUUAAUUAUUAGAUCUAAUUUUUCUUAAUAUUUCAACUAAUAAAUGAUUAUUUAAACAAACUAUUAAAA